UGCAGAGCAACACACUACAGCCAGUGUUUCAGGUAGUUGUAGAGCUGAAAGAACAUUUAUAAUUUUUGCAUUAGUGAUCAUUUUACCAGCUGAUGUUAAGAAAUCUCUUUGAUGCCAAAGGGUACCCACAGUGUGACAUACUCCAAAGGCAUAUUUUGAAUCAGUAUAUAUUGUUGCUUUUUUGUCACUCAUGAUUACCUAGACUUGUUUUAACGCUAUUAAUUCUGUACCUUGUACACUUAUAUUUGAUAGAAGUGAAGCUGACCACAGAGUUGCAAAUUCUAUGACUACAUCUGCUCCAGUAUAAUGUACCCCAUCUCUCAUAAAGGAAGAACCAUCUGUAAACAAAACUAGAUCUGCAUUUUCUAAAGGAGUAUCCAGGAGAUUUUUAUGAGGUUUUUCUACCAUAGACACUAAUGAUUCACAACUAUGCAAUGGUUCUCCUUUGAUUGGUAAAUCUGGAAGAAAUAUAGCAGGGUUGAGUGUUGUGCAGCAUUUUAAAGUGAUAUUUUCAUUGCCUAAUGAAGUUAUUUCAUAUCUUGUAAGCCUUUGGUCUGAGAAGGGAGAAGGCCUGUGUUCUAUGCCUUAGCAGUAAAGCUUCUACUUCAUGAGUGCACGGUAUUAUUAGUGGGCAUCCCAAUACUAAGUCUGCAGAUUUUGUUACUAGCAAAGCUGUUGCAGCUACUCCUCUGGGGUAUGGUGGUGCUCCAGAAGCUAUUGGAUCUAAUUAGGUGCUGGACAGGUCUUAACACUUGUGUUAAAAUGCCUGAGGCUACCCUCUCUUCAUUCAUGCACAUGCAGAAUGAAUGGUUUCUUGUAAUCUGGAAUGCCUAGUGCAAGGGCAGAAAAAAUUGCCUGUUUUUUUUUUUUUUGGAGACACCACUGAAACUUUGAUUUUGAGAUUUUAUGUCCUCUGUUAUAUAAUUCCAAUAGGAGAUGUUUGCUAUCUUCUUGGCAUGCUUCUGCAUUUUGUUGAGGCCAAGAGCAAAUCAUCCACAAAAUGUAUUAAAUGGCUCUCCUUAAACUCUAUAUUUGCCAAGUCUUGUGUCAAAAUUUGGGAAAAUAAAGUUGGACUUUGUACAUAACCCUGAGGCAGACAGCACUAUGUAUUUUGAGACCCUUUCCAUGUGAAUGCAAAUAUGUUUCAGGAAUCUUCAUGGAAGGAGAUUUAAAAAAAGGCAGAACACAAAUCUAUUACUGUAAAAUAUUUAGUGGUAGUAGGACUAGAGGAAAUAAUAGUUGAUGGACUUGAAACAACAGGAUGUCUUUUGAUAAUGUAAUUAUUAAUAGGCUCUUAAAUCUUGAACAAAUCUAUAUACUGAUCUUCCACAUUCAUCUAAUUUCAGGUUUUUAACAGGCAAGAUAGAUGUAUUGUAUUCUGAUUUGCAUGGAAUUAUUAUUUUCUGUUUGAUUAAAGAAUUUGUCUCUGGGGUAAUUUCCUCAAUUUCUUCUUUUGAUAAUGGAUAUUGUGGAAUAGACAGAGGUGGACCACCUCUCAUUCUAAUUUGGACCAGAAUAGCUGAUUUAAGCAGUUCUACAUUGGUAGAAGAUGUCACCCAGAGAGAUUCCGGUAUAUCUGUUGUUUUUUUAAAAGGUUGGACUUUUAUCCACCUCCUGAUUAUCUAAAAAGAGUACUGGGAACAAAUUUAGAGAUUCUUCAGGUAAUUCUAAUGUAAUAUCACCAUAUUGAGUACAUAUUAUUGUGGCUCUUAUUUUACACAAAAGAUCUCUCCCUAGUAAAUUCAUUGGGGAGUUAGGCAUUAGAAGGAAUUAAUGUUCUACAGAUAAAGGUCCCACAGACACCAUUCGUGGUAAAAGCUUUGGACUUCCAAAGGUUUUCUGGAUACAACCAUAACAUAAAUAGAGCCAAUAGAAUUACAAUUAGAAUCAGGUGUACUCAUUAGCACAGAUCUUGAUGCCCCAGUAUCUAGAAGACAAACAUAUUACAUAUUUCCCACUUUUGGUGUCACACGUGUUUCAGUGUUAUCUGGGAGAGAAUGAACUGGUAUAACUGGUGUAAUUAUAUCAGUGUCUAGAAAAUCAAAUGUUUUAAUCUUUGAUUCCUGAGUUGUUCCUCCCCUGGAAAACCUUCAUAAAAGUCCAUGUGCACCUCUCUGAGAUUCCUUGCAUUGAGGAGUAUUUACAUUUUGAUUAUUAACUGGACUUGCCCCAUUAUGGAUAUAUUGUAACAAGUCAUUUGCCUCAUUUUGGUUAAAAGGAAUGACACUUGUCACCAGCAGGCUUUUUAAUAGUCUUGGUUUAUUCCAUCAAGCUCUCCUCUAAAAGACUUCAGGCUUCUGUUUUUACUUCAAGUUUCUGCUUGCUUUCUGAGCCAGAAGCAGUCUCUAUAUCCCUUCAAACAGGGGAAACAACUUAGCUCAUUAUUGGAAUUAAACAGUCAACAAAAAUAAUUUUGACUAGAGCCUGGCAUCUGGAGCCAGGGAGGGAAUUUCUUCCUACCCUCCAUAUCUCCAUCAAGGUUAUGUCAUUGUCUUCUCUUCAACUGUGUCUUCUUUGUGAACUUACAUGAUAGAGGAGGGAGAGUUUGGGGGGAUUUAACCCCUUGAUCCCCCACAGUGAGUAAAAAGGGAUUUCAGCUCCAAAGGUGGCACUCAGGCUAACGAUGACUCAAGCAAGGACCUAAACAGUCAGAACAAUUUGCCUUCUUUCUCCAUUCAUUCCUAGUCUCCUUCCAAGGACCUCUUAGUCCCACGGACUCCAAGCACUACAUAACUGAGACUAUCUGGGAAAGAGAAUAACUGAGGCUGAGAGAGGAAACCUCUGGUUCUGCAGAGCUGCUUAUGUCCUUCCCCCUCUGGGACCUAUACACCUCUAGACUGCUAGUGCUCCCCUCAAGUCUGGGGCUUCCUGAAAGAGAAUGGUACCCUUGGGCUCACUGGCAUCAACCACCAGCAGUGCCUUGCCAUGGAACUGUUUCAAUAUAUUUGGAUAAAAUGCACUUACACAAUGUUUUUCUUACAUUUUAUGUUCCUUCUUCCUGGCCAGAAAUGGAUGACUUUGAGGAGUUUUGGGUCUCAAAGAGCAGAGAAGAUUUGAAUCAAUUGCUGUCUGAUGACCAGGCUUGGGAGAAAUUUGUGGCUGAGUGGGCUCUCAUGAGAAAUAAUGCUGAUUACCUGGGGUAUCCUGUCACAGUGAUAAAAGCUGAUGCUCUGAAAAUGGAGAGCCUAGAGGAUUCUGAUAAAAUCACAGAUGAUCCUGAUAAAGUCACAGAUGAUCCUGAUAAAAUCACAGAUGAUCCUGAUGAAAACAUGGAUAAUUUUGAUGAAAAUAUGGCAUUCGAAAAAAUGGAGCAUGAACUGGACAUGUUUUUGUGUAAAUAUCCCAGGUUAAAAUUGGAACUAGAGAAGUAUAUCCAAAACCUUUAUAGCACGGCAGACAACAUUGAUGAGAUCCACAAGGACUGUACGAUUACCAAUGUAGUGGCGGGUUCCACUGGGGUGGUCUCUGGAAUCUUGACUAUAAUGGGGAUUGCACUUGCACCUGUAACUGCAGGAGGGAGCUUGGCCCUCUCUAUAACUGGGAUAGGGUUGGGAGCAGCAGCCACUGUCACUGGUGUCUCUGCAGGCAUUAUUGAUCAUGUGAAUGACUUAAAAGGGAGGAAACUUUUAAGUGAAGUUGAGGGAAAUACAAAUGCUAAUGUUGCUGAGAAAGUUCUGUUUAAGGAGGCAUCUAAACUCUUUUCUACAUUGAAUAAACAUAGUCAAAUCUUCAAAGACUUUGAUAAUCACUGGAAAGCGUUCCAGGUAACCAAAACCAAUCCACACUUGAUGGAAGCUUCCCAUAGGCUUAUGACAGGUGCACAAAUCUCCAGCAAAAACAGGAGGCAAAUUAAUAAGGCUUUUCGGGGCACAACAUUGGCCCUGACCAAACAAGAGAGGAUACAGAGUGCAACAUUGGCAGGAGCUUCUAUUCUGGUAGAUGUAAUCAACAUUGUGAAAGAUUCAAUGCAUUUGUCAAAUGGGGCAAAGACUACAACAGCAAUGAAACUGAGGGAGUAUGCUCAGGCUCUGGAAAAGAAACUCGAGGAACUCUCCAACCACUUUGAGAAACUGCAGAAAAUGAAGAUUCAAUAUAAUCUAUUGAGUAGAUGGCCCUAAGUAAUGGGCCAGGGUAGGCAAUGGUCAAUGGAUGGGGGUGAGUCAGAAAGAGAAUAAAGGGGACUCCACUCUAGGUUCAAGUGUUGGGGAGUCAGGUCAUUGAUAAAAAGAAAAUCCAAUAUACACAGACUAUUUAGAAUAACCCUUUUUCUAGUAGCCAAGAAUUGGAAACAGAAAAUAUGCCAAUCUAUGGGAGAAUGGUCAAAUGAAUUGGGGCAUAUGAACAUAAUGAAAUAUUUUUGUGUGCUUAGUAUAGUGCCCAGAAAAUGAUUGGGGCUUAUGAAAUUUUUGUUAACUAUAAAAGAUGACUAAUAUCAUGAAUAUAGAGAAACAUGGAAAGACUUACAUGAACUGAUACAGAAUGAAAAAAAAGUAGAACCAACAAAGUAGCAUACAAAAUGGUUAUAACAAUGUAAAUGGAAAAUAAGAGCCACAAAAGAAUUAAAAGUGAAUGUUGCAAAAUUACAAAGAACAAACAUGACUCUCCAAAGAAGAGAUGGGAAAGGAUACCUAGCCCAACUACUUGGCAGAGGUGGGAAGUCUAUAGGCAGGGAACGUGGCAGAUUUUUUUCAAUAGAUUGAUCUGUUUUGCUGAUUUUAUCUCCUUUCUUCUUUCUCUUUUUCUUUAAAAUAUGUUUCAGUUGUAAUAAUACAUGUAUAUCCCAGUGGAAUGACUUGUCAACUCCAGUAGUGGGGAGGGGAAAAGGUGGAGACAACAUGAAUCAUGUAA